CCUUACCGGGCCGCCUAAGUUAAGCUUAGGCCACGGCUAAAUUACCCCACAAAUCGAAUCGAACCGUGUCACCUUUGGAAUUGUUUUUGGUUCUCCAGAAAUGUGGUCUCGAGACCAGAACAUCCCACCAUUUGGUUGCCACUUGUCCUGAAAAGCUAUUCCUCUUUGACCUGCAUAGCGUGCUCAAUUUCUUGACGUUUGAACUUGUAUAUACUCUCCUCUACUUCCAUCACAUCUUCAGCCACUACAAUAUGGCUGUCCUUCAAGCUCGAGUCAAAAGUGUGCUGUCAGGCGACACCUUGAUCAUCACCAACCAGAAAGGUGCUGAACGGAGUCUGUCCUUGGCUUACAUUUCAGCUCCUCGUCUGAAGAGAGAAGGUGACGAGCCCUUCGCAUUUCAAUCUCGCGAGUUCAUUCGAGAACAAGUCCUCGGAAAGGUGGUUCAAUUCGAGGUCCUAUAUGCCAUUCCCACCACGAAACGAGAAUAUGGCCGAGUCAAGCUCGCCACAGGCGUCGAACUACCAGAUCUGAUCGUGCAGGAGGGGUGGGCCAAAGUGCGGGAAGAUGCAGGUAAAAAGGAGGAUGACGAAAAUGCUCUCGCAUACCUCGACAAACUCCGAUCCUUGGAGAGCGAGGCAAAGGCCAGCAACAAAGGAGUUUGGGGAAAGGGCGGUCAGAUCGAGAACUCGUCUGAAGUCCCGGAUCCAAAUGCCUUGGUGGAACAAUACAAGGGCAAGAAGGUGGAUGCAAUCAUCGAGCGUGUCCUCACUGGUGACCGCCUCAUUGCCCGAGUUCUGCUUACACCGACCAAGCAUGUCCAGACCAUGCUAGUCCUGGCUGGUGUACGAGCUCCUGCAACAAAGCGGACGUCGCCAGAAGGAAAGGAGAUUCCUGCGGAGCCCUACGGCACCGAAGCUCAUGCCUUUGUUGAAGAGAGGUUACACCAGCGGAAAUGUGCAGUCGAGCUAUUGGGUGUUACUCCACAAGGUCAACUCAUUGCACAUGUGUUACAUCCUCGAGGAAACAUCGCAAAAUUCUUACUUGAGGCCGGCCUAGCCAGAUCGAACGACCAACAUGUCACUCUUCUCGGAAACGAAAUGGCACAGUUCAGAAAUACGGAGAAUGCAGCGAAGCAUGCUCGUAAGGGAGUGUUUACCGGUGUAUCGGCCGCCAAAUCUUCUGGUGUCCAAGAGGCGGAAUUUACUGUCUCCCGAGUACUAAACGCAGAGACAGUCUUCCUUCGACCACGGUCUGGUGAGGAGAGAAAAGUCACUCUCUCAAGCGUUCGUCAACCCAAGCCUUCAGAUCCGAAACAGGCUCCUUUUGGUGCCGAUGCAAAGGAGUUCUUGAGAAAGCGACUGAUCGGCAAGCACGUCAAAGUCACUAUUGAUGGCAAGCGGCCUGCUUCCGAAGGCUUCGAGGAGCGAGAAGUGGCCACAGUGAACGCAAACGGGAAGAACAUUGCCCUGGCGUUGGUGGAAGCUGGCUAUGCCUCAGUAGUCAGACAUCGACGUGACGAUGAUGACCGUUCGCCUGAUUACGACGCCCUCCUCCUUGCUGAAGAGACUGCACAAAAGGAAGAAAAAGGCAUGUGGUCACCAAAGCCGCCUGCUGUCAAGCAAUACCAGGACUACUCCGAGAGUCUGCAGAAAGCCAAAAUGGAAGCAUCUGUCCUGCAAAGACAGAAAAAAGUCCCAGCUGUGGUUGAUUUUGUGCGUUCUGGAUCACGAUUUGUGGUACUUGUCCCUCGCGAGAACGCCAAACUUACCUUUAUUCUCUCCGGUAUUCGUACACCAAAGCCGGCCAGACAACAAGGAGAUACCGCCGAACCGUUCGGACAAGAAGCACAUGAUUUCGCCGUUCGGAGAUGCAUGCAACGAGAUGUCGAGAUCGACGUUGAGAACACGGACAAAGUCGGUGGGUUCAUUGGUUCCAUGUACGUCGGACGGGAGAACUUCGCGAAAGCUUUGGUAGAAGAAGGUCUUGCAGAAGUGCAUGCUUAUUCUGCCGAGCAAAGUGGACAUGCAAAUGAGCUGUUUGCUGCCGAAGCCAAGGCGAAAGAGGCUCGAAAAGGCAUGUGGCAUGACUGGGACCCCAGCAAAGAGGUAGAGGAAGACGUACCUGCAGCUCCGACGAACGGCACGAAUGGUACCAAUGGUGAUUCGGUGGAGAGAAGAAAAGACUAUCGCGACAUGGUGGUAACGUUUGUGGAUGAAGCCGGCAAGCUGAAGGUCCAACAAGUUGGAGCUGGAACGACACAGUUGACGGACUUGAUGAGAGCUUUCGCGUCAUUUCACUUGAACAAAGCCAAUGAUCAACCACUUCCUGGACCUCCCAAGGUCGGCGACGUUGUUGCGGCCAAAUUUACCGCGGACGAUGAAUGGUACCGUGCCAGAGUCCGCCGGGUUGACCGUGAGAACAAAAAGGUCGAUCUGACUUAUCUUGAUUACGGCAACAACGAGACGCUGCCAUGGUCGCGUUUACGACCCCUGAGUCAACCACAAUUCUCGACUCAAAAACUGAAGCCACAGGCUACGGACGCUGUAUUGUCAUUCUGCCAGCUGCCUACCACCGAACAAUACCUCCGUGAUACGGUGGGCUUUAUAAUGGAACAGACCGAAGGCCGGGAAUUGGUGGCCAACGUUGACUAUGUCUCUCCGGAAGGAACAUUGCACAUCACAUUACUCGAUCCGAAAGUGUCCUCCAAGAUUGACGAAAGCAUCAAUGCCGAGGUGGUGAGGGAGGGAUUGGCAAUGGUCCCGACGAAGCUGAAGCCGUGGGAGCGACAGGCAGCAGACACUCUGACGAAGCUUAGAGAGCUCCAGGAUGAGGCUAAGAAGGAGCGCCGAGGUAUGUGGGAAUACGGAGACUUGACGGAAGAUUAGAAAAUCAAUCGUGGUAUAUAUCACAGGAUCUGAUGACUGGACUCGGCCGACAGGGAGAUCUGAAUGAGAAUGCAAAAGUUCCGAGCAUUUUUUACGCGGCAGAGCCUUACCUAUCGUAUACCCAAUAAAGAAAUCAAAGGCUGCUUACUCGAUCCCGUGCGGCACAUUACCUCAGCUGACGAGGAUGUCGACCAUCUGCCAGUAAAAUAGGCGCAUGUUAAUA